AUGGACACAAGAAUGAACUCGCAAAGUGCGAUUUUAUCAAUGAAAAAACAGAUAAAAUUUCUUAAAACAAAACUUUCCACAAGUGCUUUUCUUAAAGGCAAAAUUUUGGACACCCCUGAAGUAUCAAUUGCAGAAUUAGAUAAAACCUUGCAAGCGUCUUAUAGUAGAUUGGAAGAAUUAAACAGAGAACUUAUAUUAGAAAAAGAUAGCCACCGCAAGCUGAAAGCAGAAUAUGAUUACAUUGUAAGAAGAAAAACUGAAGGGUAAGAAAAUAAUUAGAAACGCUGAAUUUCCAGAAAUCCAAUCAAAACUGCAUCAACUUUUUAAAGAAAAUUUCCAAUUAAAAGACCAAACUGUUGAGAUAGAAAACGCGAAAGAAUACGCAUAUCUUGAGCAGGUUAAAAAGAAAGCCCCAAAUGUUUAUUUCCUGAUGACGAAAAUUAAAAUGAUUGAAGAGCAUAAUAAGCUUUUAAUUAAUGCAAUCAGUCAGCUGGAUAAUACAAGGUGCGAUUUAAGAAAUGAGUACUCAAAUAUUACUCAAGGACUAACCUUAGAAGAAAAAGCAAAACAAAAAAUCAAAGCUCUUGAAAACGCUUUAAAGCAGGUUGAUGUAAGUAUAAGGAGACUUCGAGAAACUCUUGCAAGAGGAAAACAGAGGGUUUAUGAGCUUGAUAGUGAUAGAAAUCAUAGAGAACUUGUAGAACUGCAAGGAAUUUAUAGUGAGCUGAGCUCCCAACUAGAAGCAUCUAGCAAUGAGAUAAUGAAGCUUUAUAAUAAAAUCAAAGAAACAGAUGAAGAAAUCAAAGCAGAAAACGAGAAAAGCAAAAGUUUGGAGCCAGGAGAAUUGAAUAAAGCGUUAAGAACAAAACUGAAAGAGUUGGAAGAUCAAAUUGCUGAAACUGACAGGCAGCUUAUAGAAAAGGAUAAAGCAAAGCAAAGAUUUCAAACCAACAUAAACAACUUAAAGCACUUAUUGAGCCCGCCAAAAAAGACAGACAGAUAUGUAUCUUUAGCCUUGCUAUCUCCAAAAUCCACAGAAUCAUCAGUCGGAUGCAGAACUCCUGCACCUAUUCAAGAAAAACCAAAAAAAACAGCAAGAACAAUAUCUGCAAUGACUUCUCCUCAGCAUUCUACAAGAUCCCAAAAAAAUGAGCGUGAUAGGCUAAUCGCUAUGCUAUCUAAAGGAAUUCCUCGUAAUAAUUCAAAAGAGAUAAAAUCUGCUCUUCAUGAAAUAGGAAUCCCUGGAGAAAGCUUAGCAAGAAAAGUUAUAGAACUAAACAGAGGAGAAUUUCUAGCAAAAUACUAUGCUGAUAAGAACAAACCGAAUAAAAUAGAUUAA